GCCUGCCAUGGCACCACUAGUUCUUCUGUGAAGGCAGGAGCCCAAGCUGGCUCUGUCAUUAUUUCUGGGGGUAUGAUUCUCCACUUUUGAGUAAAACUAGGGGCUUCAUAAAAUAAGAGUAAGAUUAAAUUAAAUGGGUUAAUACUGGAUCAAAGAAAGGGGAGGGGGUGGACGUUCUCACAAUGGAGAGGAAUGUUUUGAGUGCCGUGGACAGCUGCAGUGGUUACAACUGGAGUGGAACUGCCCUGAGUUAUUCACCAGCUCACUGCAGAGGGGAUUCCUGCAGGCGAAACCUUAGAGGGGCAAUCAGCUUUUGCUGGGAGAUGUCUGGAACUAAGAAGAAAGUCACCAGAACACUUUUAGCUGGAAACAACCCAACGGGGUCACUUAAAAACCGACCCUUUCUCUUGUUACAAAGAUGUUUUACAGUACCGAUGCUACAAGUCAAAUAAAAGAAGGCUUGCUGCUGGGUCUAGGGAAUCCACUGCUGGACAUCUCCAUAAACGGUGACAAAGACUUCCUCAACAAAUAUGGUCUGCUUCCCAACAACGCCAUCAUUGCUGACAAGAGUCACAGCAAACUCUUCGACGACAUCGUCCAAAACCACAACCCUUUCUACAUCGCAGGGGGAGCCACUCAAAACAGCAUCCGUGUCGCACAAUGGCUGCUGCAGAAGCCACACGCAACAACGUUUUUCGGUGGCGUCGGAGACGAUAAAUUUAAGUCAAUUUUGGAAGAGAAAGCUCGGGAGGUCGGGGUGAAUGUGCGGUAUGACAUUCAUCCCGGUGAGAAGACCGGGGUCUGUGCGGCCAUCAUCACGGGUGAAGACCGCUCUCUCGUGUCCGAACUCGGGGCAGCGCAGAAAUUCUCGAUGAAAUUUCUCGAAAAUCCCGAUAAUUGGAAAUUUGUCGAAGCUGCUGAUUAUUUCUACAUCGGUGGUUUUCUGCUGCCGGUGAAUCCCAAAACUAUCCUGAAGAUCGUCAAACACGCUGCUGAAAAUAACAAAACUGUGGCAAUGAACCUGCACGCAACUUUCCUCUGCCAUCAUUUCACCGAUCCAGAUCUCGGCAUCAUGCAGUAUAUUGAUGUUCUUUUCGGAAAUGGCGACGAAGCCGCUGAAUUCUCAAAACUUCAAGGUUUCUCGGCCACCACUGUCGAAGAGAUGGCCAAGAUGACGGCAGAUCUUCCGAAAGUCAAUCCUUCACGCAAGCGACUGGUCGUUUUUACUCAGGGCAAGCUGCCAACGUACCUGGCCCAGGGUGGGACCGUGUCGGAGUUCCCGAUCGAGCCGGUAGAUUCGAGUAUAAUCAAGGACACGAACGGUUGUGGAGAUUCGUUCGUCGGUGGGUUCCUGUCCCAGCUGGUCCAGGGCAAGCCGGUGGGUGACUGUAUGCGCUGUGGUUCCUACGCAGCCAAGGUGGUUCUGCAGCACUAUGGAUGCACCUUCCCGGAGAAGCCAGAUUUUAAAUGAGUCCUGGGGCCUAAUUCAGAAAGCUCUCCUAGACUCUUCUUAAUUUAGCAACAUCGCUUUGUCUUUUCAAGCAUUUUUUUUUUUUGCAUCGCAAAGCGAGAUCGCAAAGUUGUCGAGAGUUUAUAGUGAAUUGGAGCCCAUGUCUUUAGGUCAGGUCAGGUCAGGUCAUAGGAUUUGAAGUGUGCACAUUCAGAAGAAGCUGCUGUAGCACACGCCUGUCAUGGCUUUAUAUUAUGGGUUAUUGUAUUGAUUGUUAGCGUAUGUUGUAGCGCUGUGGUUACAUUUUGUCUCGCUAGAAUUGUUCACAAUGAUUAUUUGCUGAAAUCUUAUCCCGUAUUAUUUUUAUGAUGAGUUGUAAUUGUGCCUUCCAUUUUUC